GAUUCAAGAGGGAAGCGAUAUAGAACAGCUUUGGAACUUGACAUGGACACUACUUUCGAAGCAACUGCAACAAAGUAUAUUGAGGAACAUGGCGACAGAGACUUGCGACAGAUCAUUACUGACAAGAUACCAGAAGGAGGCGAUAUGCGUCCUUUUUAUAUUGCCAACUUGGAUGACAUAGUUAACAAGCACAAGCGCUGGGAGAAACUGAUGCCACGUGUCAAACCCUUCUAUGCCGUGAAAUGUAACAACACUGAGCCAGUCGUGAAGACCAUUGCGGCACUUGGGGCGGGGUUUGACUGCGCCAGCAGUUCUGAAUUCCAACAGGUUCUGAAGUAUGGAGUGCAGACAGACAGGAUCAUAUAUGCUCAUACUUGCAAGGAUCCCGAAGAGCUUAAACGUGCCUCAGAACUUGGAGUAGACCUCAUGACAUUUGACAACGAAGAUGAAAUAGUGAAAAUAAAGCGUCUUUUCCCGGAUGCCAAGCUCGUACUAAGGAUUGUUCCACAAGUGCGAAAGGCUGUAUACGAUAUGGGAAAGAAAUUUGGAUGUAAUGUGGAAGAUUGCCAGGGACUUUUAUUGAAGGCGAAAGAACUGGAAUUAAAUGUCAUUGGUAUCAGUUUCCACGGUGGUUCUAAGUGCCAAGACGCCUUUGCCUACCAACACACCAUACUUUUAUGCCGCGACAUCUUCGAUUUGGCUAAGACCAUCGGCUUCAAUUUCAACUUACUUGACAUCGGUGGUGGCUUCCCCGGUUACGAGACUGGUGAGCACUCAUUUUUUUCUGACAUUGCCAACACCAUAAACGAUUCACUGGAAGAAUAUUUUCCGGAGGAUGAAAAUGUUAAAGUGAUUGCAGAACCUGGGUGUUACUACGUAGAAUCUGCUUUCACUCUUGCAUUGCGUGUGAUAGCCAGAAAGGUGGAGCAACCAGGCAAGUGGCUAAAGAUUGAAGAUUCAGAAAAUGAGGACGACACAAAGAAAUCCUUUAUGUACUACUUGAAUGACGGUCUUCAUGGUUCAUUCUUCUUUCACAUUUUGUUUGAAGAUGAUGUACCAGACUUUUAUGUUGUUGAGAACAAAGAUUCCAUGCCAGUGUUCAAAAGCAGCUUAUGGGGACCAACGUGCAACCCCCAUGACUGUAUAACGCAGGAGAUAGAACUGCCCGAGCUGGACAUCGGAGACUGGCUGUACGUGCCCAACAUGGGGGCAUACACGACUGUCGUCGUGACUUCUUUUAACGGGAUGCCGACACCGAAAAUCCACUAUAUUGCUUCAAACGACAUCAUAUGUGAACUUGGACUUCAGCGUAAUGAGUUUACGACUGUUAACUAAACUCCUUCAGACUUUGAGUAUUGUGAGGCAUAGGCCUAUAUAUCUGAGAAGUCAGGAUUUUGAUAAAUUUGCCCAAGGCACAGAAACGUUUGCCUCGUGUCACUUGUCAAAUUUAAAAUAGUAGGCGAGGGUAAUUUCAUAAGUAGGAUUUUGUUUAGCAUCGCUUGGUAUACUAUUUUAUGUGAGGGGGAGGGGGUAGGAGGGGUGAAGGAGGGCGCGAUCCUGUGGACCUUGAUCAGUUUGUCAUAACUACAUGUAAAUAUAUAGGACGAACAAAUAACUAACAGAAACAAUUAAUGUUAGACCGAUUGAUAAUUUAAUGCCUUUCAAAGAUGUAGCUUGAUAGCAUAGAUUUAGAUCCUAUGAAUAAGGGGCUAUUCUAGAUAUCUUUAUUGGUGCUUGUAAAUGUAGGCCUACUACAUGUAUAAAUUCAGCUACUAAAGGGAAAGAUCAUUGUGGUUCACUUGAAUAAUGGAUGUGCAACUCUUGUUUGAACUUUUUUCACUCCACAUGGGUUACGAGAGUGUGUGUGCUGUGUGUGUGUGUGAUACACCUAGCUUAUUUUAUAUAUGUGGAUAACAUAAGAUGAGAUGAUGUAAAUGAUUACGAUGUAUUAUGUGAUAACAAAAAAUUAAAUUAUUCCAUUUGGCGAUUAAACAUGACGCUGGAAAACUAUAUAGUAGCCUAUGCUUAAUGUAAAAAAAUAAAGAAGAAAAAGCUUACCUUUAAAACUCUAGUUUGAUAGUAUAUAAGAAUCUCUUUUUUGCUGAAGUCUGUAGACUUAGAUCUAGAUCUACAUAUUUUUCUGAGCUGUUUAUCAUGUAUGUUGUCAACGUAUCACAAGGGAAUGACGAUCCAAACGCUUGUGACGAAAUAAUACAGGUUAGCGGCAUUGCG